AGAGGCGGCAGUGGGGAGAAGUUGGCAAAGUUACCUGAUGCUGUGCAAUUUGGCCUGGAAACAGCAGGGGGCGCCGACGCGCUAUUGUCCGCGGAACGAGCAGCGCUUAUUAAACCUUCUAACAGCAGCAGGUGUGUUUCUGCCAGGUGCGCGGCCGCAAUGUUCGUAGCGCAUCUGCUGCUCAUGCUGCUUCUGCGGAGGGCUGCGCUGCUCGCGGCCGAGUUUUGCGGCUCGUCGCUCGGCGGAACGUGCGGCGUCAAGACCUCGGCGGCGGUGUUGCGGGAGCUGCGCGCAGACUUUGUGGUGACCUACGAGCAGCUGAAGGUCAUGCUGUCCAGCGGCAGCGUCCAGCUCUUUGACGUUCGCGGUCCAGACGAGUUCCAGGCGGGACGCAUCCCGGGUUCCGCUAACAUCCCGUUGGGGGACCUUGAAGAGGCUCUCAGAAUGAGCCCCCGAGACUUUGAGAAGCGCUUCGAGGUGGACGCUCCCCACAAUGAGGACGACAACAUUGUGUUCCAUUGCCAGACGGGGCGCCGGAGCACCACAGCCCUCCACGUCGCCCACGGCCUGGGCUUCGCCAGGGCGCGGCACUACGCAGGCGGGUACAGUGAGUGGGCUGAGCGAGAAGGGCAGCCAGGUGGACCGUUAACACCCCCCUCCACCCCAUAUCCCCCCCGUUAACUUCAGUGAUGCAACUGUUUCUGGCUGAAGUCGACGGAGUAAAGUUCACCGACCGCAACCAGCUGGAGAGAGAACUGAAGUGACAAGUUGCGUCUGUGAGCGGUGCUGAGCAAAACUGAUUUACUGUGUUUUACCGUUCUGAGAAUGCUGGUAUUUGUGCAGGACAGAGGCCACCGCCUGACACGUGUGAACAGAUGCCUUCCAGACCCAACGGAACCAGAGCACAAGUUGACUGCAAAUGAAGCAGUAAUUUUUAAUAAAGGGCCUAAUGAUUUGAUUGACCGUGUGUG